AAAGCUAAAAAAAAAAGUAAAAUGAAAUAAUUUACGGCUGUUUUUUCAUCGCAGAACCGUAGUUCCCCGUUUAAAAUUGCACGAAGCGUGGCGGAAGACUUCCUCCAGAGAUUCCACAUUCCAGGACAGCGAGAGAGCAGCAGGUUUCAACGCAGACGCUUUUGCCACGGCUGCCAACUUGGAUUUUUUUGUGUGCCAACUUCGGACUUCAUUGCACGCCCACGCACCCGUAACAACGGAUACGAACAGGGAGCAGUCGCCAGUGGGACAGGAUGCAACAGAACGCGGCCAGCAAUCCGUUCUCGAUGUCCACGUACGUGGAGCGACCCCAAAUGGGUCUGGACGUGGAGUUUGGACAGGACCCAUCUAGUGGAGCCGCCUUCUUCCAGAGCGACGGCCGCAAGCACGACGACCUCAAGCAGAUGUUGGACAGCAACAAGGACGGCCUGAAGCUGGAGGCCAUGAAGCGCAUCAUCGGAAUGAUUGCCCGGGGUCGGGAUGCCAGCGAUCUGUUUCCGGCCGUGGUCAAGAAUGUCGUGUCCAAGAACAUCGAGGUGAAGAAACUAGUGUAUGUCUACCUGGUUCGCUAUGCCGAGGAGCAGCAGGACCUGGCCCUGCUCUCCAUCUCCACGUUCCAGCGCGCCCUUAAGGAUCCCAAUCAGUUGAUUCGCGCCUCUGCCCUGCGCGUACUCUCCUCCAUUCGGGUCAGCAUGAUUGUGCCGAUUGUGAUGCUGGCGAUCCGGGACAGCGCCGCCGACUUAAGUCCCUAUGUGCGCAAGACGGCAGCCCAUGCCAUUCCCAAGCUGUACUCGCUGGACGCGGACCAGAAGGACGAGCUGGUGAUGGUGAUUGAGAAACUGUUGUCGGACAGGACCACCUUGGUGGUGGGCUCUGCUGUCAUGGCCUUCGACGAGGUCUGCCCGGAGCGGGUGGAUCUCAUCCACAAGAACUACCGCAAGCUGUGCAACCUGUUGGUGGAUGUGGACGAGUGGGGCCAGGUGAUCAUCAUCAACAUGCUGACCCGCUACGCCCGCACCCAGUUCGUGGAUCCCAAUGCGGACGAUGAUCUGGCCGAUGGUGUGGCCGAAACGCCGACCAACGAGCGUUUCUACGACGAGUCCUCGCACUCCUCCUCCUCGAAUAGCGACGACGGCAGCAGCGACGACGAGGCCAAGACCAAGUCUCGUCCCAAAAACGGCGGCGGCAGCAACAGCAACAACAAUAACGGCGGCAGUCGUACCCCCAGUUCCCCUGGAAGCAGUUACCACAUCGACGUUGACCACCGGCUGCUCCUGCGGCAAACGAAGCCCCUCUUGCAGUCCCGCAAUGCCUCGGUGGUGAUGGCAGUGGCGCAGUUGUACCACCAUGUGGCGCCCAAGAACGAGGUGCAGCUGAUAGCCAAGGCCCUGAUCCGGCUGCUGCGUUCGCACAAGGAGGUGCAGAGCGUGGUGCUCAACUGCAUCGCCUCGAUGUCCACCAAGCGCAAGGCCAUCUUCGAGCCCCAUCUCAAGUCGUUCUUUGUGCGCACCAGCGAUCCGACGCACCUGAAGCUCCUCAAGCUGGACAUCCUCACCAAUCUGGCCUCGGCGGGCAGCAUCUCGCUGAUUUUGCGCGAGUUCCAGACCUAUAUAUCCAGCAGCGACCGUUCCUUUGUGGCAGCCACCAUCCAGGCCAUCGGACGCUGCGCCUCCAGCAUCAAGGAGGUAACCGAGACCUGCCUCAGCGGCCUGGUUCAUCUCUUAUCGAAUCAUGAUGAGCACGUUGUGGCGGAGAGCGUUGUGGUGAUCAAGCGUCUGCUGCAAACCAAGGCCGCCGAGCACUUCGAGAUCAUCACCCAGAUGGCGAAGCUGAUCGAUUACAUCAACGUGCCGGCUGCCCGGGCGGCUAUCAUCUGGCUGAUUGGCGAGUACAACGAGAAGGUGCCGCUGAUAGCCCCGGACGUGCUGCGCAAGAUGGCCAAAUCCUUCGUGGACGAGCAGGACGUGGUCAAGCUGCAGGUGCUGAACCUCGGCGUUAAGCUCUACCUGACCAAUCCGCAGCAGACCUCGCUGCUCUGCCAGUACGUGUUCACGCUGGCCCGCUACGAUCCCAACUACGAUGUGCGCGACCGCGCCCGUUUCCUGCGCCAGAUCAUCUUCCCGGCCAGCGGCAAUAGCAGCGUUCUCAGCCAGAACGCCCGGCAGGUGUUUCUCGCCAGCAAGCCGGCUCCGGUGCCGGAGAGCAAGUACCGGGGUGGUAACAACUUCCAACUGGGGUCCCUGUCCCACUACCUGAACAUGCCGGCGGCCUGCUACAAGGAGCUGCCGCCCUUCCCGGCCAUUGCGCCGGACUCUUCGGUGCGCAACAUUGCCGGUUUCAUGCAGGAGAAGCUGCCGGGCGAGGAGUCGCCGGCAGGGCGCUCCAAGGAAGCCUCCGGCGGCGGUGCCGGCAAGAACAAGAGUGCCGGACGCGAAAAGGGAUUCCUCUCGGAGUCGGAGGACAAGUCGUCUGCCUACUCGGAUUCCGGCAGCAGCAGCGGUAGCGGCACCAGCGACAGCGAGUCGGACAGCGACGACACCGCCAGCAGCGAGGAGGAGGAGGCGCAGGCGAAGGGGAAGGCGGUACAGCCCGCCAAGGUUUCCACGAAAAAAGAGCCACAGCCCUCGGGCGAUCUAAUCGAUGCUGGAAGCAACGAGGUCGUGGCCACCGCGCCGGAAAAAGCCGCCACCAACAAUAACAGCAACGCUGCCGGUUACUCCGGAACCUCGGAGAGCGGCGACUCCUCGUCGUACAGCGGGAGCAGCAGUAGCGAGGACAGCGACUCGGGAAGCGACAACGAAGCCGAGCAGAAGGAAGCCAAAAAGCCGGAGGUGGAGACCAAGUCGAAGCCGAAGGAGAAGCAAGAGAAGCAGCCCUCGAAGAGCAAUCUGGAUCUGUUACUCGAUCUGGAUGAUAUUCCGCCCAUUGGUCCUGUGAUGACGCCCUCGCUAGGAGGAUUCCUAACGCCCGGAACAGGUACUCCCUUAAUUGGUGGCCAGGCAGCUCCACUGCAGCCGCAGCACGCCAGGAACCGGGUGGAGCUGGUCGGGCCAUCGCACAUCGAGUUCAAGCACAAGGAGCUGCUGAAUAAAGUGAGCGGCCACGGACUCCAGCUGGGCUACCGCUUCACCCGCGCCCCCCACCUCUUCUCCUCGAGCAUGUGCUCCAUCGAGCUGCAGUUCCAGAACCGCGGUGAGCAGGAGAUCACCAACGUCCGUCUGGGUCAGACCACCUUGCCGGCGGGCAUGCAGCUGAACGAGUUUGCGCCGGUUGCGGCACUGCAGCCGCAGCAGACGGCCAGCGGGAUCCUGGGCCUGGACUUUAACGACUCCACGCAUGCCGUGGACCUGGAGGUGGUCUCCAGUGCGGGCAGUUCGCGGGUGCAGCUGAAGCCGCCGGUGGGCGAGCUGGUGCGGUCCGUCCAGAUCGGGGAGAGCUGUCACCGCGAGGAGCGGGCCAAGCUGCGCGGCAUGAACGAGCACCAGUGCGAGCUGCGCGGCCUGAGGAGCGACCUCAUCGACGUGUCCGCCCUGCGCCAGAAGGUCGUCGAGUGCAUCAAUGUGGCGCACACGCACAGCUCUCCGAACGGGCAGCUGCACUGCUUCGCCGGCCAGACGCUCAGCUCGAAGAGCCUGGUGCUGCUCACGCUGCAGUGGCAGACGGAGGACGCCCUCACCCUGCUGGUCAACUGCGAGAAGAUGGUGAUCGGCUCCAUGGUGCUCAACGAGCUGAGGAACGCCCUGCAGCUCAGCUUCGCGAUGUGAAGCGACCCAAUGUGAAACCAAGCGAGAUGGCAGAUGGCGAGUCCACUAGAGACAGUCCGAAGGGAAAAGCGAAGCCGCCUCACUACGUAAAACUAAGCAUUGACCCAUAGACAUUAACUAUAUACUGUAAAGGACAGAGCGAUGGGGAUCCUUGGGGGCUUCGGGCACUACAAGAUCCUUGAAUUUAAUUCGCCAGGCCCAGGGAUCUCCGGUCGCCUCCUCCAAAAUAUACAUGAAUCAUGA